AUGAUCACAAACGGUGCAUUAGAUGGUGAAAUGUAUGGAGUUUCACCAUUUCAACAAGGAAGAACAUUUAUGACACCACCACGUAAUCCACCAGUUUAUUAUAAUAAUUCGAGUUAUUCCCAACCAUCUAUGAUGACACGGGAUGGUACAUUAAAUAAUGCCGGUAGUAGUGCUAAUCCAAAUAAUGCUACUGGCUAUUUAUCUGAUCUUCACUCACAUUCAGUACAAAGCAAAUUUUCACAUGCUAACAGUAUGAUGGGUACAUCUCGCUUAGCUCAUCUUGGUGUUAAUGGACCCUUUAGUAGUCUUGGACCAGGUUCCAAUCAUGGUACGUCAAUCUAA